AUGGACAAAGGCGGCGGCGGCGGUACUGCGGCAGCGCCGACAGGCUGCUACAAGUGCGGGAGACCAGGCCACUGGUCACGAGACUGCCCAUCAAACCCACCAUCUUCAAGCUCCAAGAACAACAAUGACGAAAAUACUAUUGACAAAGAUCUGAACAGAGAUCCAAGUGGAUCUGCUUACAGUUAUUCGAAGAAAACUUUCAAAAAUAAUGCUCAAAGCAACUCUGCCUCUGCUGCAGAGAAGCCCAAGAGACUUCCCAGAACGAGGCCUAAGCUUACCCCAGAUCUCCUCCUCUCAAACGACGGAAUUGGCCAUAUUCUCCGCCAUUUCCCUCGUGCUUUUAAGUACCGCGGACGCGGUCAUGAGGUCAGUGAUCUGGGGAACCUACUUGGCUUGUAUGCUGAAUGGCACUCUCGUUUAUUACCAUACUUCUCGUUUGACCAGUUUGUACAUAAAUUGGAGCAGAUUGGCACCAAAAACCGUGUCAAGAAAUGUAUCCGAGAAUUACGAGAGAGAAUUGCCGAUGGAGUAGACCCAGCAGAGCUGCAUGAGCCUCAAGUUCAAGAUAACAAUCCAAAUCAUGAACAAGGCACCUCAAAUUUAGAUGCCAGGGACACAGAAGAAGAAAAUCGUUUUCAUGAGGAUACUAAUAUGGAAAAUGCUAUUGAGGAUAACACAUGUCCGGAAAUUCCAGAUAAUAGUACUCUUCAGGAAAGCAUCCUUAAUGAAAUUUGGGAAAAGGCCAUGGAGGAACCAUUUAAGCCUUCAGAUGACAAGAUUGUUGAAGCUGGUGCAUCUCAUGCAGAUAAUGAGACACCAAAAAUGGCACCUGGAGAAACGUCUUCCAGUUCUAAUGGAACUAUGCUCUCAGAAGAACAGCGAGCUCGUAUGGAAGCUAACAGACUGAAGGCAUUAGUAAAAACUGGACAGGAACCAUCUAAGCCUUCAGAUGACAAGAUAGUUGAAGCUGAAGCAUCUCAUGCAGAUAAAGAGACACCAACAAUGGCACCCAGAAAAACGUAUUGCAGUUCUAAUGGAACUAUGCUCUCAGAAGAACAGCGAACUCGCAUGGAAGCUAACAGACUGAAGGCAUUCGAAAAAGCUGCUGCUCGUGCCCGGAAGCUGUAAUGACAUUUGAUUCUGGAAAUUUGGAGGAAAAAUGACUUUCGAACAGUUGCUAUUAGUUCUUGUGGUUUGGAAAAAUGAUUUCUCGUCCUUCAAUUCUUGGUUCAUCUGAUAUUGGUUGAGGGCAGCAUAUUUGCUUUA